GACGUUAUUCAGAAUAAAAAAAAAUAUUAUUUUAUAAGUACAAUCUUAUAAGUUCGUCUGUUUAUAAAAGAUCUGAAAGCAGUUUAUUUUGAAGCCUCGCCUAAUGGUACAACCCAAGUCGCUGUUGACAGUGUUGCGUAUCUCUUGCAGCCAUGAGUAUGCUCAGGCUUCAGAAGAGGUUGGCAUCUAAUGUCUUGCACUGUGGCAAAAAGAAAGUGUGGUUGGACCCAAAUGAGAGCAAUGAAAUUGCUAAUGCCAACUCCAGGCAGCAGAUUCGCAAACUGGUGAAGGACGGUCUGAUCAUCAAAAAGCCUGUGACAGUUCACUCUCAUGCUCGCUGUCGCAAGAACACUGCUCGAAGGAAGGGCCGCCACACAGGCAUUGGUAAGAGGAAGGGCACAGCAAACGCUCGGAUGCCAGAGAAGCUAUGCUGGAUGAGGAGGAUGCGAAUUCUGCGCAGGCUGCUCACACGCUACAGAGAGGGCAAGAAGAUCGACAGACACAUGUACCACAUCCUGUAUCUGAAGGUAAAGGGAAACGUGUUCAAGAACAAACGGAUCUUAAUGGAGCAUAUUCACAAGCUUAAAGCCGACCUAGCUCGCAAGAAACUCCUGGCUCACCAGGCAGAAGCUCGUCGUUCAAAGACAAAAGAGGCCCGUAAACGCAGAGAAGAAAGACUGCAGGCCAAGAAGGAAGAGAUCAUCAAGAAUCUUUCCGAAGAAGACGAGACCAAAGCCAAAAAAUAAAUUUGCCUUUUGUUUCCUUCUACAUGUAUUUCUCUGUUAUACAAAAUAAAUUGGUUCAAAUAAACCUAAAUCUUUA